AUGCUGAUGGCUGAGGCAAGCCGGAAAUUCGAUUGGAAACUAAACUUUGGCGCUAUCGCCCUAAUGUGGAGGGGAGGAUGCAUAAUCAGAUCAAGAUUCCUGGGAGACAUUAAGAAGGCGUUUGACAAGAAGAAGGACUUGCAGAAUGUACUGUUGGAUGAUUUCUUCUCAAAAGCGAUGGGAGAUGCGCAGAACUCUUGGCGUAUUGUUGUGACAUCAGCAAUCCGAUUGGGCAUCCCGGUUCCGGCUAUGUCAGCAGCAUUGGCUUUCUAUGAUGGGUACUCAAGGAAGGUGCUGCCGGCGAAUUUAAUACAGGCACAACGUGACUACUUCGGUGCGCAUACGUAUGAAUUGAUGGAUUCACCAGGCAAAUGGGUGCAUACGAACUGGACUGGUCAUGGUGGACGAGUUACUAGUAAUGCUUAUAAUGCCUAA